AUGAAUAAGAAUCUUAGGAAAAUAGUUAUCAUUAUAAUGCUACCGACCUAUUCUAUAUUAGAGAUUCCCAAGCAAGAUUUUUUUCAAGAAGCAAAAACUCUCAUUGCUCAACAUUAUAAGAAAAUAAAUGAGAGUAAAGUUCCAGGUACUUCUAUAAAUGUCUUCAGAAAUAAACAUCAGAAACCAAAAUCUACCAAAUUCAUACCUUUGGAGAUCAAAAAAAAGGAAACACUUGAUGUGGUCCAAGAACUUCAGGCAGCAUACAAAAGGAUUUGUUUUCCCAAGGACCGUUCCAAAAGUGGACCUUCUGAGGAGCUGCCACAAUGGACUGCUUUCAAUGAGCCACACAUUUUUAGAAAAAUGAAACACAAGGAGCCUAUAGAUCUAGUUGUGAAAGAACAAGUUAAACUGGAUAAAAUAGUGACUAAUAUUGAAUCAGUGAGUAAAGAAAUGGAGAAAGAAAAGCAAUUGCACCAUGGGAAAACCAGAGUGAGGUCAUUGGAGUUGACAUUUCCUCUUCCAAUCCAUAUGUACUCAUCACCUGGCUUUAGUAAUUAUGAACUCAUGGUCAGCCCUGACAGAACAUUCUAUGAUUGGAGAGGAUCUGUGUCAAAAAGGUUCUCCCGUUUGACUCCUGAUUCCAGUUGGCCUAGUUUCUCUGGAUCAUCAUUAGCAUUUCAGGAUUAUUCUAGUAAAAACUUUAUGAAAAAAGAACAACAAUCUGUAAAACCAGAAUCAAAGCCACGACCCAGCCCCAAAUCCAUUCUUAGUAAAAGUGAUAAAAUUGACAAUAAAGUUAAAAGAAUUGGACCACACAUAGAGAUCUUCCAAGUGUUCCGGGGAAGAAAAAAAUUUGCAAUAACCAAAAACAUAAUUAAAAUGGUCACCGUCAUGCAGGCAUUUGUCAGAGGGUGGCUCGAACGCAAAAGAUUCCAAAGAAUAAUGAUAAAGGCUUUGUAUCAUGGACCAGAUUUGAGGACAGUUAUAAAUAUGUACUGCAGACAAAUCUAUCGUGUUAAAUAUCGACUUGGUCUUUGGAGGACAAGACAAAUCAUAAACCUUACAGAGUUGGAGGAAUGGAUGGACAGAAAAAAAUUCUAUGAAACAAUGUUUGCUAAAAGAGAAGACUGGCAAGGAUUAGAAAGAAGUGAACUCCUUAAGUACUUCAAUGACUGUGGUCAUUUCCCAACCCACCAGCAAAUUGAUGAGGUUUGGGAUCUGGUCCAUAGAGAAGACCGUGAAAAAUACUCUAAUAUCAUCAAGAAGCACAAUGCAAUUGAAAUGUUAUUUACACUCUACCCUCCUCAAGGUGCCCAUGUGUCUACUAAUUUGAGGCUUAGGUCAACUUGGCUGAGACCCAUAGUAAAUGGGGAAGAAGGAUAUAAGUAUAUAGUUUUUCAUUUACACAUCAAUGAAGCUAUAAAAAUAAAGUUGAAAACAUAA